UUUCUCUCCCUCCUAACGCGAGCCAAACAGAGCCACUCUCGAUUCCUUCAGUUGUCAACUAGUCAAUUUUUAAUUUAUUUUCUUUGCCUUUUCAAGUCAAGUGGACUUCUUUUUAAAUUUGCUCAUCCGACAUGUUUUUAGGUAGAUAACACAGUUUAGGAAAAUUAUGCUGCGGCAGUGGGAGGAGGGUACUGGGAUAAGGGAGAUGGUUUCAUAUUUCAUCUAUAUUUUUUCUUAUUCAUCUUGAUAAGAGUCUUGUAAUAAGGUCGGAUUUAGAUGAGUGUUUGUUUCGUUUUGACGACAUUCUUCUUCCUGCUGCAAGUGUGAAGGUGGCGAAUACUGCAUACUGGCGAGGUCUGGAAAACGAUCAAAUUGAAGGCGUUGGAUAAUUAAAGAGGAAGUACAAUGGGGGAUAUUUUCGAUACGGGAAAUAUAGAGGAGGAGUUGGACUUUUGUGAAGAUGAUUCGGUUGAACAAGAGAGUUGUUCUAUGCAGAAAUCGCCACGGUCGCCAACACCAGGGGAAUCAUUUCCUCUUCAGCAAAAUCCAACAUCCUGCAUUAACAAUGAGGAGUCAUCUGGAGUCCAAGAAAUACCUCAAUUGCCCGGUAUGACGGAAUCUACACUGGAGCAAUCUCCUAUCUCGCCAGUUUCUAGCAAAGGUUCAAGUCGAAGGGGACGGAAACGACGUAAUGAUCAUCCCGAACUUAUGAACGGUUAUUCGUCCUCGGAGUGUGCUUCAGUUGUUUCUGUUGACGCCAGUUUCAGCAGGGAAGGCAGCAGUUAUUCGGCUUCGGCUAAGAGAGGGAAAAAACAACGUUACAAGGCCAAUAUUAAGACCUUGUUGCCUGUUGGUACAGAUAGCUGGACUAUCGGUAAAAUCCAAGAGGGUGAAUACAUCGUGGAGAAAAUUGUUGGAAAAAAAUUCAUCGACACGGAGGAUGGAGAACUGUUGCAUUACCACAUCAAGUGGAAAGGAUGGGGACCAGCUCACAAUACUUGGGAACCACUUGACAAUUUACAGGGAUGCCAAGAAAUGGUGGAGAGGUAUGAAUCCAGUCGCCUGAAUAAGCGAGACAAUGACGUAGACUCUGAUGACAGCGAUGGUGGUAGAAUUAUUGACCAUGAGAAAAAGGAUCACUUUAGGAAUGAAUUGGUUGGAUGCUUAGUUGACUCAAAGUGGCCAACGCAUCUCAUUCCCCUAGAAGUAUAUGGAGUUAUUGAAGUAGACAGACACAUGUGUUACGUAGUACGACACAAGGCACCCAAGUAUACUGAAAAACUUACUCCAGAGAACUGCAUCGUUGUUCGAGCCAGCGGAUUUCGAACGUUGUUUCCCCACAUUAUUAUUUCGUUUUAUGAAAGCAGUAUACUCUGGGUCCAACGGAAUGAAGCCAAGGAGAAACUGGCCAAGAAAGCUCGGAAGGCGUUAGAAACGAGUGAGAGACAAAUUAGAAAGAAGGCUAAAAGGAAGAGGAAGAAGAAGAAGAUACCAAACAUUGUAAAGAUUGAACCCAUGGAUGAACCACAAGCAAUGGAAGUUGAUUACGAAUCAAUGGAUAAUAUGAAUUAUGGAAUUAAGCAGGAAAUUGAUGAGGAUAGAACACUCGACGAGGAUGGACUACCUCUACCUAUUAUGCCUAUCAAGCGUGAUGUACACGGACUGGCAAAUGGGGUGUCUGAUUCUUCCGAGUCUGAAGAGGACCUUGAAGAAAUUGACGAUCUAUUUGUUUUAAAGACAAAGUCAAAAUCCUUUUUCUAAAACUUGACAAUUUAUAUAAAUUUUUGCCGUUUGAUUUCUAACGACGUUGAUGUUGUCAUAUUCUGCAAUGGCCAUAUAUCUAUGUUGUAUUGUUCCUACUUCAAGAUGUGUUCAUUCCAUCUUUCAUCCCGAAAUUUUUCGGGAAAUAAUUUUUUUAAUGUACACGUAUAUUAUGUUUCUUUAUAUAAUUUUACAAAUUUCCAGACUGUUCAGUGUUUACUCUUGGUUACACUUCCAUUUGAAGCGGGACAACAGGAACUUUCUUUUCAGCUUCCUUGUUAAGUAUGAAAUAUUAAUCCAAACCAAGAAUGCAUGCCAAUUAUUAUUAUUACGUGUUAUAUGUAAAGCUCUUGAUAUGCCUCAGUAAUAAAACACUUCUUGUGUAUAUUUGCA